CGCAGUUCACCGGUGGUUGAUUUUGUAUCGUAGUAGUCUGGAGAAAAUUUGGGUUUCAGGUGCAAUCGUUCUUCGCCAUGUUGGUUUCGUUGGUUUGCCGUGCCGGCAUUUCUCGUUCCGGAUUUCUGGUAUUCCGGAAUGGUGCUGCUAGUAGCGCCUUAAUCCGCAAGCAACAAUCGGACGGAAGUGGAAGCAAUUCGGUCGUUAUGUGGACGCCUACAUCUUCUAGAAGCCUCCAUAGCACGCCGGUAAAGCGUGAUAUAGAUUCGGCCGCGAAGUUCAUCGGAGCCGGGGCUGCCACCGUUGGUGUAGCUGGAUCGGGCGGUGGAAUUGGAACCGUUUUUGGCUCGUUGAUCAUCGGGUACGCCAGAAACCCGUCGCUUAAGCAGCAGCUGUUCUCGUAUGCGAUUUUAGGCUUUGCGCUCUCGGAGGCCAUGGGCCUGUUUUGUCUGAUGAUGGCGUUCCUGCUGCUUUUUGCCUUCUAGAAAACGAUGCCGUAAUGUGUUUGCUUAUCG